GCAGCGCUGGGCGCACGGGGGUGCGCGGUAGGCGAGCAGGCCGCUGGCGUUGGAGGUACGCGCGGAGUAGUAGGCGACGGACGUGCGUAUCGUGAUGGGCGUACGGGUAGCGUGUACGCGGGUGAAGGCCUAGGCCCAGUAGGCCUAGGAUUGGCGCGGCAACACACGCGCAAAGAAGCCAGCUGGGACGGGGCGUGCACAUGGGCGCACGAGUGCGAUGCGGGCGAUGUCCUAAACCGCGUAGGCAUAGGGGUGCUGGGCGACGAGUGCGGGGCGUACGGCGACACGCGCGAGGCACAAAGCAAGAAUAUGGCGGCAUGCCUAAUCCUCGUAGGAAUAGGCAAGGCGCGAAUACUAAUCCUCGCAGGAAUAGGAAUAGCGGAUAGGGGCUCAAAGCAUAAUCCUACAAGGAAUAGGAGUGGUGCAGCAGGCACGAGAGACCUAGUCACCAAAGGACAAGGCGAACAUGGCAGCGACGCGCGAGACGUGGCACACGGACGGGCGGCAUUCCUAUGUGCGGUAGGCAUAGGCGAAGUGCGCCUUCAGUUCACCGGUGAUUCCAGGCUUUGGUGGAACGCUUACUGGGGCAUGCGUCCCGGUGAGAAGGCGGGAUGUACGUGGGAGAUGCUCAAGGAGUUAAUCCGUGAGAAUUACUAUCCCACAUACUACCGAGCAGAGAUGGAGCGUCAGUUUCUAUCGCUCCAGCAGGGUACUCGUACUGUUGACGAGUACGAGAGGGAGUUCACGAGACUUGCAGCUUUC